AUGUCACUCUCUCGUCUUCUACGCCACUUCGGCGACACAAAAUGCAUUCCCAAAGGUCGAGCACUUCACGCCAACAUCAUCACAUCUGGGUUUCACCCAGAUGUUUACACAAACAACCAUUUGCUGUUAAUGUAUCUAAAAUUCAACACCAUUAAAGACGCUCAAAAAGUGUUUGAUAAAAUGCCUGAACGAAAUGUCAUAUCUUGGAGUGCCUUAAUUUCCGGAUUUUCUCAAAAGGGUAUGCCCAAAACAGCUUUAUUUUACUUUAGGUUAAUGGUUUUUGAUGGGUUUGAGCCGAACUAUUAUACUUAUGUUGGGGCUGUUUCUGCUUGUGCUCGUAUAAGUGAUGGGAGAACUGGUAAGGAGAUUCACGGGAAGAUAUUUAGGAGUGGAUUGGAGUUGAAUAGUCAUGUUAGUAACUGUUUGAUUAAUAUGUAUGGGAAAUGUGGUUUGUUGAGGUCGGCGCAGUUUGUUUUUGAUGCAACUUUGGAGCCAAAUUUGGUUUCUUGGACUUCACUUUUGUCUAGUUAUUGUCAGCAUGGAGAACAUGUACAUAGUUUGAAUCUUUUUGCAUUGUCGAGGAAGGCAGGAGUGGUUGUUAAUGAGUUUUCUGGUGCUAGUGUAUUGGGUGCUUGUGCUGCAUUGGGGAACUUGAAGGUUGGUAUGCAAGUUCAUUCAUUAGUAUUGAAGUGUUGUCUUGAGUUUGAUAAAUUUAUUGUGACGGGUUUGAUUAAGUUAUAUUCAAAGUGUGGAGAAUUGGACAUGGCUUGUCGGGUGUUUCUGGAGGUAGAGCAGCCAGAUUUGUCCGCUUGGAAUACAUUCAUAGGAGGAUAUGUUCAACUAGGCAAACUAGGAGAAGCCAUUGAUCUUUUUGUCAAGUUGUAUUGUUCAGGCCUUGUUCCUAGUGAACGAACAUUUUCAUGUGUGCUUGGAGCCUUUGCAGAUACAAAGGAUGUUGAAGCUGGGAAACAACUUCAUUCUUUGAUAAUUAAAAUGGGAUGCAAUUCGUUUACAUUUGUUAGUAAUGCAGUUUUGGACUUCUACUCAAAAUGUGGACUUCUUCAGGAGUCGAUGAAAACUUUUGAAGAAAUGGAUGAUCAUGAUAUUGUCUCGUGGAAUACCCUCAUAUCUGGACAUGUUGGAUCCGGUCAUUAUGGAGAGGCCAUUGAACUUCUGAAAGAUAUGCUUUCUGAUGGACAUUACCUAAAUCUCUAUACUUAUUCUUGCAUUUUGAGUAUUUGUAGUGAUGUCCCAGCUAUUGGAUGGGGCAAGCAAACGCAUUGCUGCAUAAUAAAACCUGGAUUUGAUUCCAAUGUAGUUGUUGGAAGUGCCCUCAUAGACAUGUAUGCAAAAUGUGGAAAAUUGCUUGAUGCUCGUAAAGUUUUUGAUUUUCUAAAUUCAAAGAACUUGGUUACUUGGAAUAUUAUGCUUGCGGGAUAUGCUCAACAUGGAUUAGGGAGGGAUGCAUUAGAAAUAUAUAGCAUGAUGCAGAGAAAUAAGAUCAAACCUAAUGAUGUUACAUUUAUUGCGGUAUUAUCUGCCUGUGGACACAUGGGACUUGUGGAGGAAGGAUGGCAUCAUUUCAAUUCCAUGAUCAGAGACCACUUUAUUGCCCCAAGGAUGGAUCAUAUGGCAGCUAUGGUCAAUCUUUUUGCCCGUAACGGACAAACAAGUAGAGCUUAUGAAUUUAUAAAGAGUUUUCCUAUAAAGCCUGAUAAGGUGGUUUGGCGAUGUCUCUUGUCAGGUUGCAAAACCCACAAAGAUGUAGUUCUAGGAAGAUAUGCUGCGGAGAAGAUUUUGAGUAUUGAUCCAGAAGAUACUUCGGCUCAUAUCAUGCUGUCAAAUGUGUAUGCAGAAGCUAAAAUGUGGGAUGAAACUGCCCAAGUUAGAAAAAUAAUGAAAGAAAAAGCAUUGAAGAAAGAUACUGGAUAUAGCUGGACUGAGCUUAAGAACAAAAUACAUUAUUUUUCUGCAAGUCAUGUUGCAAAAUUUCAAGGAAAUGACCUGCGUGAAAUUAUGAACGGUUUGACAGCUCAGUUGUUUGAUGCAGGAUAUAAACCUGAUGCCGUCUUCUCAUUCCACUGUGAGGAGUAAGCCUUGAAGUUUGAGGGGAAAUAUUUGGUGACA